ACAAUGGUUUCAUCUAGCGCUAGAGCAAGGCUACUUGCUAAGAAUGAUAACGACAUUGUUAUUGUAGCCGCUGUGCGGUCUGCUCUCGCCAAGGCCAGGAAAGGUGGCUUCAAAGAUACUCGCCCAGAGGAGAUGCUGUCCGGCGUUUUGAGAGCCGCCUAUACUAGAGCCAUGGUCGAUCCCGCCCUUAUUGGGGACAUUGCUGUCGGAAACGUCCUACCUCCCGGCGGUGGCGCCAAUGUUGCUCGCAUGGCUGCCCUUCAUGCAGGAAUUCCAAACACAACUCCAAUCAACACUGUGAAUCGUCAAUGUUCGUCUGGUCUUACAGCUGUCGAUCAGAUUGCAAAUGAAAUCAUCUCUGGACAAAUCGACAUCGGUAUUGGUUCUGGAGUUGAAUCCAUGACGUUUGCAUAUGGCGGUGGAUGGUUAGCCGAUGGCUGGUCAGCUGAGGUUCUCACCAACCCAGAAGCAGAGGAAUGUUUGCUUCCCAUGGGUAUGACCGCUGAGAACCUUGCCUCUGAGUUCAACAUUUCUCGCGAGGUACAGGACAAGUAUGCAGCUAUAUCUUAUCAAAAGGCUGCCGCCGCCCACAAAGCCGGAAAGUUUAAGGAUGAGAUCGUCCCUCUGAAGGUCAAGAUAACCGAUCCGAAAACUGAAAAGGUUUCUGAAAUUAUCGUUGACGUGGACGAAGGUAUUCGGGAUGGUGUCACCGCAGAGACUUUGUCAAAACUUCAACCCAUAUUCGUGGAGAAUGGUGCAACACACGCUGGAAAUGCCUCGCAAGUAUGCGAUGGUGCAGCUGCUGUAGUCCUUGCUCGACGCUCCGUUGCCAAGCGGUUGGGUCUUCCCAUUGUCGGCAAAUACGUCACUUCAGCAGUCGUGGGCGUGCCACCGCGUGUUAUGGGCGUUGGUCCAGCAUAUGCCAUCCCUAAACUACUGGAGAGAACGGGACUCUCCAAGGACGAUGUCGACUUCUACGAAAUCAACGAAGCUUUCGCAUCACAGGCUGUGUACAACAUCCAGAAGCUUGGCUUGUCACUUGACAAAGUGAAUGUCAAUGGGGGUGCGAUCGGGAUCGGACACCCUCUCGGAUGUACGGGAGCACGUCAAAUUGCUACUGGUCUCAACAUCGCGAAACAACGUAAUGAGCGAGUGUUCGUCACCAGCAUGUGUUCUGGCUCAGGAAUAGGCAUGGCAGGUGUGCUCGUCAGCGAACACUGAAACUGUUAUAAUACGUAGUAUUACAUAUUGCCUUUCGAUCUCUCAUGAGACCGUUUAUCCGACUUGAAAGUCGCUUUCCUCAGUAGACAGACAGUAGC